AUGGGUACUCUCCAGAAGAUUGCCGAUAUUGAGGCCGAGAUGGCUCGAACUCAAAGGAAUAAAGCCACAAUGGGUCACUUAGGCAUAUUAAAAGCCCGUCUUGCUAAGUUGAGGCGGGAACUGAUCACUCCUAAAGGCGGCGGAGGCGCAACGGGAGAAGGUUUCGACGUGGCAAAAACCGGCGAUGCCCGAAUCGGGUUUGUCGGAUUUCCCUCCGUCGGCAAGUCAACUCUUCUGUCCAAUUUAGCCGGCGUGUACUCUGAAGUUGCCGCCUACGAGUUUACCACCCUUACCACCGUACCUGGAGUAAUUAAAUACAAAGGAGCAAAAAUCCAGCUUUUAGACUUGCCCGGAAUCAUCGAAGGCGCUAAAGACGGCAAAGGUCGAGGUCGUCAAGUUAUUGCUGUGGCUCGAACAUGUAGCCUGAUCUUCAUUGUCUUGGAUGUUUUAAAGCCUUUGCAACACAAACGAAUCAUUGAGAGAGAACUGGAAGGUUUUGGUAUUCGGCUAAACAAAGAUCCACCUCAGAUUACUCUUCGAAGAAAAGACAAGGGUGGAAUCAAUCUUCAAACUCUCACCUCGCAAUCAGAGCUAGACUUGGAAACUGUAAAAACCAUUCUAGCUGAAUACAAAAUUGCCAAUGCUGAUGUUGUGCUGAAGUACGAUGCUACCGCCGAUGAUUUGAUUGACGUGAUUGAAGGCAAUCGUAUUUACACGCCUUGCAUCUACAUUCUCAACAAGAUUGAUCAGAUUUCUAUUGAAGAGCUGGAGAUCAUCUACAAAGUGCCUCAUUGUGUUCCAAUUUCGGCUCAUCACAAGUGGAACUUCGAUGAUUUGCUUUUUAAAACAUGGGAUUACCUUAAACUCAUCCGAAU